CAAAUGCAUUUACCUCUUUGGGUCAGUUUCAAGUGGAACCUCUCCCCGAGAACAGGAAGUUUCAUCCGAGAUUAAAACCCUUUGAAGACGAGGUUUUACAGCAGUCGAUUAGCUCUUCUCCCUCUGACAACAUGUGUACCGGAAGGUGUUCCCGUUUCAUUGCGGUUAGUCUGUACCCUUUAGCGAUCAUAUCCAUCAUCUGUAACAUCGUGCUGUUCUUUCCUGGUGGGGACAUCAAAUAUGCCAAAGAUGGACAUAUAACUGAGGAGGUGAAGUACAUGGGAGGCCUGGUCGGAGGGGGUGUUCUGGUGUUGCUACCAGCGCUUUACAUUCACUUGACUGGGCAACAGGGAUGCUGUGGAAAUCGCUGUGGGAUGUUCUUAUCAAUUGCGUUCGCUGCGGUGGGUGUGGCUGGUGCCCUGUACAGCUUCAUUGUGGCAGUGCUCGGUUUGCAGAACGGGCCCCUCUGCAAAGGUAUCGUGGUCUGGUCAACGCCUUUUAAAGGCAGUGACAACAACUACCUGACUGACAGCAGGUUGUGGGGAAUAUGCAGAUCGCCUGAGAACAUUGUGCAGUUUAACAUUGCCUUGUUUAGCACUCUGUUGGCCACCAGCUGCCUGCAGCUGAUCCUCUGUGCAGUUCAGAUGAUCAACGGGCUCUUCGGCUGCCUGUGUGGAACCUGCCUCAGCAAAGGGGUUCUGUGAGCUGCUGACAGUCGACUGGUGCUCCCUGCUGGAAGACCGACGACAGUGUGCCUGACUGCACUUGCAUAAAAUAUUCUUUUGGAAAUUUUUGUUGUCUCUGCUUCACGACAGAUUGUUAUAUAUAUAUUUUUUGUGUGUGUAUUUCAUGCUUUAUACUUUGUUAUAUUAACCUUCACAGGAAUCUUGAAUGCAAUGCAGUGUAUUGUGUUGUGAAAAUGCACAGUAUUAGUAAUCGUUUGAUCAGUUUUAAAUAAAUUGGUGUAAAAACAA